UCCCUCGUGCUCAGAAAAAAUUAAAACAAACUUGGUUUCUUCACCUUUUACCAGGUCCAAUACGAGUAACCGCGGGAGGCAGGACCGACGGAUUGGGUGGCGGCGGCGACGAGUUCGGCGAGCGGGCUGGACGUCGCAUCCACGUGUCGCACAAAUUAUCCUCCACCAAUUCCAUCACCUAUCAAUAACUGCAAGUAGCUUCCGGAACCAGAGAGCACGAUGCCGUCACCGCCCGGUUUUUAAUAGCCUUAUCCCAUACCAUUCCCACUCUAUGCGGUACUUGCACUUGGUCGCCCCCGCUGAUCCCUUCUCGGCUUUGACCCAAUGGAAGCAGCCACUUUGACUAUUGACCGGGCCAGACAACAAUAAGGAUUAGUCCGAGUCCACGCGAGAAUAUUAUCUGAUCGUAGAACCGGACAGUCUUGUAGCAGUUGGUCAGUCCCCCACUCUUGGUCGCGCUCGACGCUUCUCUAAGACCAGAUAGCGAUUUUAUUAAAAGUUUAAAACUUUUUAUAAAAUCAAAUGAAAACGAAUUAGAUGGUACGCUGCUUGGACGGUAGGGAUAUAUAUGAUCGAGUCUCAAGAUAUGUGCCGCGCGUACCAAUUAAUUGGGGCAAUGAAGGCCGGUGGACCUGGUAGCUUGUUUCCUGCCUCCAUACCACCGUUUCUCAUAAAUUCAAAGAGAAAAGUAAAAUACCAGUGGUGGGCUCCAACUUUUCUCAACUCUUUUAUGCCUUCCCCUCCGUUGAUUUGGCUCUCAUGCCCAAAUCUUUUCCUUUUUCUAAUCCCUUUCCUCCCGUCCGUUUACGAGUUUUCUAAAUCAACCCCCGCGUUUCCUUAUACCUCGUUAAAUUUUAAAAUUUCUCUCUCUCUUUCUCUCAAGAAUAUUUGGUUCUUAAAGGCUAUCCCUCUGUCGACCCUCUCCUCUCGUAUGCUUUCCUGAUGAGGGAACAACGAAGGGAAGGGUUGCGUGGUCUCUCCCCUGGCCUCAUCAGGACCGUCUGAUGAGGCUCGCCGUCACCGCAGCGGCGGUGACGAUAGCUGCAGUCAUGCUCGCCCUCUUCUGCACCGCCGCGGAUGGGCUGGGCUCCGCCGCCACCCUUGCCAUCAGCUCCGGCACCGGCACCGUCUGUGGCGUCCUCGCCGAUGCCGCACCGCGGAGCAUCCAGUGUGCCCGCGGGACGCGGCCGGCCUUCUCGAUACCGCCGAGCGUCUCCUUCGACUCCGUCUCUGGCGGCCGGGACUUCCUCUGCGGGCUCAAGACCGGCGGCGACGCCUUAUUCUGCUGGGACGCCAGCAACGCCUCCUCCACCGACCUUCCCCAGAAGCGCGUCUACAAAGGGCCCCCCGCGUUGACGAACCUCACCGUCGGCGAGGACCAGAUCGCCGCCGUCGACCGGAAUGGCACGGCGAUCCAGUGGUGGCGGGGCGACGGCAGCUUCCCCCCCUCCGGCGUCAACGGGUCCUACCAGUCGCUUACCUCGGGACGCGGCUUCUCCUGCGCCAUUCACGCCAACAACACCGUCCAAUGUUGGGGAAGGCGCGGCACGGAGAUCCAAAGAGAUUUUUUGAACAUGUCCAUGGCGAGCAUCGUCGCAGGGGACUCCCACGUCUGCGGUCUAAACACCACAGGUUUCUUGCUCUGCAGGGGAAAUAAUAGUUUUGGGCAAUCGGACGCGCCCUCCGGCCCGGCAUUCGAGUUCUCCAGCCUCGCUUUGGGGGAGAGCCAGUCGUGCGCGGUUCGGCAAAGCAACGGCACGGUAGUCUGCUGGGGCGGCGACGGCGGUGGGAGCGGGAGCUACUCUCCGGUAAACACUACUGCGUUCGUGUUCGUUGUGGCCGGGGACAAUCUCACCUGCGGCCUCACCACGUCGAACUUUUCGGUGGUGUGCUGGGGGACGAACCGGAGUAAUCCGGCGGUGACCACGCUUCAACUGCCGAGAAUUCUUCCGGGUAUUUGUACUGCUGAUCAGGGUUCCUGCAAAUGUAACACCUUUCCGGAUUCGGCGAGUCUCUGCUCUGGUUCUGGAGUUAUUUGCAAUCCCUGCCCAGUUCCGUCGCCACCGCCCCCACCGCCGGCACCACCUUCGCCGCCGGCACCACCGUCGAGAAAGACUAGCAAGGGAUGGCUGGUUUUCGCGAUCGUGGGAUCAGUCGGCACCUUCGCCGGAGUUUGUACAAUAGUCUACUGGCUAUGGAGACGGGUGUGCCGGAACAAAAAGGUCUACAACUCAGUACAGCCCACCAUCUCCGCCGCCGGAAAUGGAGGAGCCAAUGCGGCGGCAACUUCGGGUGCCGGAGCUGGAGCAUCGACCCUUUCAGGCCCUUUCAUCUCCCCUUCGGGGUCCAGGUCCCGAAUAUUCCGGCGGCAGGGUUCGCGGGUCAUGCGGCGGCAGAGGAGCGGUCCGUCGUCGUUCAAGGACAGGGCGGAGGAGUUCACCUUCGCGGAGCUCGACGCCGCCACUAAAAGUUUCUCCUGGGAAACCAAGAUCGGCGCCGGGAGCUUCGGGACGGUGUACAAAGGCAAGCUCUCCGACGGGCGCGAGGUGGCGAUCAAAAGAAGCGAGUCCGGUCCGAGAACCAAGAAGUUCCAAGAGAAAGAGAGCGCCUUUCAGUCGGAACUGGCCUUCCUCUCGCGACUCCAUCACAAACACCUGGUGGGCCUGGUGGGAUACUGCGAGGAGGAGGAGGAGAGGCUCCUGGUCUACGAGUACAUGAAGAACGGGGCUCUCUACGACCACCUCCACUCCAAGGAGAGCACCUCCACCGUCCUCAACUCUUGGAAGAUGAGGAUAAAAGUGUUAUUAGACGCGGCGAGGGGCAUCGAAUACCUCCACAACUACGCCGUUCCGCCGAUCAUCCACAGAGACAUCAAAUCGUCGAACAUCCUUCUGGACGGGAACUGCGUGGCGAGGGUGUCGGACUUCGGGCUGUCGCUGAUGGAGCCGGAGUCGGACGACGGGCACCACUCGGCGAGGGCGGCGGGGACGGUGGGGUACAUGGACCCCGAGUACUACGGGCUCCACCAUUUGACGGUGAAGAGCGACGUCUACGGGCUCGGGGUGGUGAUGCUGGAGGUGUUGACGGGCAAAAGAGCGAUCUUUAAGGAUGGGGAGGAUGGGGAGCCCACGAGCGUGGUGGACUACGCGGUGCCGAGCAUCGUAGCCGGGGCGGUGGCGCGGGUGCUGGAUUCCCGGGUGUCGCCGCCGGGGGCGCAAGAGGCGGAGGCGGUGGAGCUGGUGGCGUACACCGCGGUGCACUGCGUCAGCCUCGAGGGGAAGGAGCGACCCUUCAUGGCCGACGUCGUCGCCAACCUCGAGAGCGCCCUCGCGCUCUGCGAGGACAGCCAUGGCAGCAUCUCCAGCGCCAGCAUCUCCCUCGCCUCCGUCGAUUGAUUUUUUUUUUUCCCUUUUAUUUUUCCCUCAUUCUUCCUCCAUUUUCCCCAAAUAUUUUGAUUUCGAUACCUUAUUUUUGAUGCUUGUAAAUGAGUUUCUUCUGAAAUCCGACCGUUGGAACGGUGGCUGCUGAAA